UAAUGCUUGACAUAUAUAAUGUUCUGAAAUGUAAAGGCUUAUGUAACCAUCUUUGCUACAUUCCUGGUGAAGGGAAGGUGUGAGAUGUAAAUCGAUUCAGAGCUGCUGCUUGUUCUCCUAAAAGAGCGACUCAAGGAAAAUCCGAACAGGCAGCAUCCUUUAUUAAGACGAUGAUUUCGAUGGUAGACUGUCCUCUGGUUCCGUUACUGUAUGUUCUGUGUCAGGUUCGUUGGAGGAAGAAGAAGAAGAAGAGAUGUUUGUUCUCAUCUGGGCGACUCUGCUUUUCUCUGUGAGAGUCAGUGAUGCUGAGACAGGUUCUUCAGUGUGGGGGAAACAAAGUUGUCCGUUGACAGAUUACUGUAUCACUCUAGUUGAAGGAGAAAUAACAGCGGAGGCCGGACUCUGUGUCGUGAUACCAUGCUCCUUCACUGUUCCUGAGAAUAUCAAAUUCUUACAUAUAGUUUGGUUGAAAUGUGAAUCGACCAAACAGAGAUGUGAUUAUGGAGACAGGAUUUUUAACAGUAACACCUCCAGCGAUCAGGUUCAGUCGGAGUUUAAAGGACGAGUGUCACUGCUGGAGUCUGAUGUGAGCAAGAAAAACUGCAGCAUCAUCGUCAAUGACCUGAAGGAGUCGGACUCUGGAACAUAUCAACUCAGAGUUGAAGCUUCACCGAGGAGAGGUUCAUAUAAAUUCUCCCAAAGAGCAACUGUCUCUGUUAAAGGUCUGAGUCAGAGGCCCACAGUGAUGAUUCCACCUCUUACUGAAGGACAGCCGACCACACUGACCUGCACUGCUCCUGGUCUCUGCUCUGGAUCUGAACCUACAUUCACCUGGAGGUGGCGAGGAAGAGGAGAGAGCGACACUGACCUCACAGGAAACAUCACGGCCUUCAAAACUGAGAAUGUGGCUGAGUUCGCUAAGAGACGCAGCUCGACUCUGUCCUUCUCCCCUUCAGCUGAACAUCACGGAACCAACAUCACCUGCACGGUCCUCUUCCAAGGACAAGUGAGCACAGAGGAGACGGCGACUCUGAGUGUGAGCUGUGAGUAGAACUACUUCAUUUCUGAGGGGGGUUAUUUUUACAACAAGAAACUUUGUUCUUAACCACAUUAUAUGACUGUGCAACCUGUGUUUAUCUAUCGUAGAUGUGAAGGAAGUCUGAAUAACCCAAAAUAUGUUAGUGAGAGCAAGACUCUGACUCUGAAGUGAAGUGUUGAAGGUUUCCUUCCAUCGCGGAUCACAUGGACUAAUGCACUUGUGAUGGUGAAUGGAUAAACAAGGAGGAUAUAUUCUACAUUACUGUGUAUAAAGUAAAUACUGAUCAGACGUGCUGGUUCCAAAAAGAAGAAAACAUUACUCCACAAUAUGAUGUCAUUCAAAAUAAGGUUUAGCAAACCUGAUCAGAAAUAAGUAAAAAAAUGGAACACUUACCUAAAAUCAGUGGCUGUUAGGGUUAACCCUUUGCUAGGAAGAGAAAUUGCUGAGAGAAAAAUUGAAAGUUUCAUCAGGAGAAUCUAAAGCCAGUCUGUUUUAUCUUUUAUUGUUUCAAUGCCCAUUAACUGGUGCGAAAAUACGUUUCAAAACACACACACAUCACGGAGUCGGCAGAGAAGCAGGAGCUUGACGGGAGGAGCUCCGUGAUGCUGAGCUGCUUCAGUCACAGCUUUCCCCCAGUCCAACACUACUCAUGGUACAGGAAGAGUCAGGGAGAGGAACAGGAUGAACUUGUGUCCGAGCAUCAAAACCACACAGUGUACUCAAACCAGUCAGGAGUCUACUACUGCGUCGCAGAAAAUGAAGUAGAUCAAAGUUUGUCUGAUCCCGUCCAUCUGUUUGAACGUGAGUGAAUUUCAAGACCUUAUAACUGUGUGUUUUAUUGUUCAGGAGAUAUGUGGGAGGUUUAUAUCAGAUCAUGUUUUCUGGUUGUCCAUCUGUACAUCCCAUUUCCUACAUCCUUCGCACAAAAACAAAAUAAGAAUCAAGGAGUAAAUGAUUUGAUUUCGGUAGCCAAAGGUGAAGCUCGAUAUGAUGCUCUCUCUCUUUUAGCCACAGGAAACUCUCUGCAUAUCCUGAAGUUCCUCCUUCCUGCUCUAUUUGUCCUGAUGAUUAUCAUUUUAAUCGUCAUAGUUUUAAGACUCAGGAGGAAGAAAUCUAUUCAACAAGGAACAACAAACACCAAAUCCCCUUCUGAUUUUUCGGAGCAGUUGAGUCGUCCAGACGCCCCUGAACACCAGCCUCUUCCAGACAGCACGUACGACCACACCCACUCAACACACUGUCCCCACCCAGGACAAGGAUCAUCAUGUGGGACAGAGUCAGACAUGGACUGCUGCUCAUGCUAUAGUCAAAGCAUCCAUUUAUGUUCUAUAUCCUCCGACAUGAAUAGCACAAUGAAAGUCUGCCCUGUUAUUUAUAAUAGUCAUUCACUCUGUAUGCAUAUGUUUAUUCUUACAUAUCUUUUAUAUUCCACAGGCCUCCGACCGACAUCAACCUUGUUUACAGCAUUUUGAAUCUGCCCCAGGUGAGUCCCGGGUUGAGACAACACUUUAAACUAGAAAACAAUAAGUUAAAACAGUCUUUAAACAGAGACUUUAGUAAAACUCAAGAAGAUUUAUGUUAAAAAGAGUUUAAUUCAAAGUGUCUAGUCAUGGUGGCCUGUUGUCAGAACCGUGUCGUAGCACAAUAGAUUUUUUAAUUAUUUAACAACCAGUUGUUGAAACUUCAACAUUUAUAUCUAAUUGGCUUUAUGUAUAUUGAAAUCGUAGGAAACAGUGAUUAAGGAGACUACAGGUCUAAGAUUCAGGAUA